CAUGACUCCAUUCACCAUUGAUAAUCUCCCGUACGGCGUGAUCUCCACCCAUGACAACUCGAACAAACGCUGUGCGGUCGCAUUCCAGCAGUUCGCCAUAGAUUUGGAUCUACUCUACCGCCAUGACUUCUUUGCAUCCAUCCCAGAACUAGAUGUCAAUGUCUUCGCCGAAGACAAUUGGAACGUGUUUGCUGUUUUACCAUUAAGCACUCGAGCGACCGUCAGGGCCCGAAUCCGAUGUGGUAUUUUGGAUAAGACCAUCAACAAGGCGUUGGUUCCACUGUCCAACGUGGAAAACCACCUACCAAUGCAUACACAUAACUUCUCCGACUUUUACUGCUCUCUCGAGCAUGCAAAGAACUGCACAGAGGUCAUGAAGAUAAAGAUGUCGUCCAACUGGUUCUCCAUCCCGUCGGUGUACAAUGGUCGCACCUCAAGCCUUGCAGUUUCAGGUACUCCCGUCACCCGGCCUUACGGUAUGUAUCCCGAUCCUCAAACCGGGGUGGUCUCGUUCCAACCCGAAUCCAAGCUCGACUUCGAGUUAGAAAUGGGGGUGUGGCUGUCGACUCCCGUGCCACGAGGGCAGCGACUGGACAUCGCCAAGUCCAAGGAGCACAUCUUUGGGUUCACACUCCUCAACGAUUGGUCGUCCAGACAAAUCCAGAAUUUCGAAAUGACGCCUCUAGGCUGCUUCCAUUCCAAAGGCUCCUUGACGUCAGUGAGUCCCUGGAUCGUGCCGAUUGAGGCUCUGGAGCCGUUCAAGUGCGAAAGAAUGGUGCAACAAGACCCUCUGCCAAUGCCUCAUCUGAUGCCUCGGGACGAUGCGGCACUGACCUAUGACAUUGACCUGUCUGUCACGUUGCUCCGAGAUGAGAAGCCGUAUAGACUUUGUGAGAGCAAUCUCAAUACGUUGUACUGGACGCCCAUCCAACAGCUGGCGCACUUGGCAUCGGCCGGGGAGGGAUUAUUAACAGGAGACGUCUUUGGAACCGGGACAAUAUCUUCUAGCACCACGAACUCAGAUGGUGAAAAGAUAGGUCUUGGCUGCCUCGUCGAGCGGGGUCUUCCUCGGACGAUGCUCAAGUCUGCGCCUUCAGACUUACAUGAGACCUUUUUGCAGGAUGGUGAUGAGGUGAUUAUGGAAGGUUGGUGUCGGAGCAAGACGACCGGAGAGGUGGUGCUUGGGUUUGGUCAGUGCAGAGGCAAAGUCCUAAGUGCUAUCCCGAGUUGUAUUAUAUAG